CCGAGCGCCUCUUGGCGGUGUGGACACAGCGGAGACCGAGCCUCGGAACUCUGCCCUCCUCCUCCCCGCUUUGGCGAGGGGCCAGCUUCUCUCUUCUCCUGGGAGUGGAGCCUGAGCCUGAGGCCCACCGCGGGAGGGGGUGGCCUCCGGAGCAGGGACUGGGACGUGCGGGCCCAGGAGGCAGUGGCUGUGGAGGAGGACGGAGGGGCCACGCACGUCUGGAAGGUGGGAGCUGCCAGCUGGUGAGGGCGGAGCCACCCGCACCCUGAGCUGCAUGGGCCCCAGGGCCGCGGUUGACGCUCCCCCGUCCGUGUCCCGGGCCCAGCCGACGAUGCUGCUGUGGCUUCUCGCCUUGUCCGCUCUGGGUGUUGGGGCCUGGGGUGACUUCUGGCGUAAAACGCCAUCCAAACGCGUGUCGGAGAGGCUCCCGUCCCCAGCUGGCAGCGGCUCCCCGCUCACCGACGUCCCCGCCGUGGUCUCUCGCAAGGAGUGGGGGGCAGGAGCUGCGGGCUGCAGCGUCCGGCUGCCCACGCCCGUGGACUUCCUCAUCACGCACCACGUGCCCGGACUGGGGUGCCACAGCCAGGCCGUCUGCAGUCAGCAGCUGCGGGCGCUGCAGGCCCAUCACGUGCUCCACAACUCUCCCUGCCCUGCCCGCAGCUUCCUGGUUGGGGACGAUGGCCGGGUGUACGAGGGUGUUGGCUGGAACGUCCAAGGCACGCACACCCCGGGCUACAGCAACGCCUCCCUGGGCCUCGCCUUCUUCGGCAGUGAGAACGGCAGCAGCCCCAGCCCUGCCGCCUUGUCGGCUGCGAAGGACCUGAUCGCCUACGCCGUCCAGAAGGGUGACCUGUCGCCCAGUUAUAUUCAGCCACUUCUCUUGAAAGCAGAGGUGUGCCUGGCCCCUCGGCAGCGGGCGAUGCCCAGUAAAGACUGCCCCGUCAUCGUCCCGCGGGCGGCUUGGGGAGCCAGAGAGACACACUGCUCGAAAAUGGACCUCCCGGCCAAGUACGUCGUCAUCAUCCACACCGCCGGCGCCUCCUGCAACACGUCCGCGGAUUGCCGGCUUCGCGUCCGGGACACGCAGGCCUACCACAUGGACAGGCUGGACUUCUGCGACAUCGGCUAUCACUUCCUGGUGGGCCAGGACGGCGGCGUGUACGAAGGCGUCGGCUGGCGCUUCCAGGGCUCCCACACGUUUGGGUACAACGACAUCGGCCUGGGGGUGGCCUUCAUGGGCGACUUCGGGGAAAAGCCACCCAACACCGCGGCACUGGGGGCUGCCCAGGCCCUGAUCCAGUGUGGGCUGGACGAGGGCUACCUGGCCCCCAGCUACCUGCUGGUGGGACACAGUGACGUCAGCAACGUUCUGUCUCCUGGGAAGGCUUUGUACAAUAUCAUCAGCACCUGGCCUCACUUCAAGCAGCGAGGGACCUCGCAACCCUGAGACUGCGGCCCCCCCGCCCCCCACGCCCCACGGCUGCCGGGCACCCCGUCCUCGCUGCCACUCCGGCUGGACACCACGUCCCCUACCGGCCAGCCCUGUCCAGUCCAGCGGCCCCCAGUCCCCAUAGCUGGGCGGCUCAGCCUCCCCCUCUCAACAGCCUCUCCCCUGGCGCCCGCCUCCUCAGCCCGGUGACAAAA